ACCUUGUUUGAGAAACCCAUGGAGAAGUUUCAUGCGGUACUGGACUUGAUGCUCAAGCACCGCUACGCGCUGGGCUACGGGCUGGUGACCCUUCUGACUGCGGGCGGGGAGCGCAUCUUCUCCGCUGUGGUGUUCCAGUGCCCCUGCAGCGCCAGCUGGAACCUGUCCUAUGGGCUGGUCUUCCUGUUGGUGCCCGCGCUGCUGCUCUUUAUCCUGGCUUUUGUGCUGCGAACCCGCACUUGGCGCUGGCUGACCGGCUGCUGCUUGCGGGGUGCCCGGCCCCGCUCCCCGACGAAGAAGCAAAGUUGCAACGUGUGCCUGGAGAUCACUGCGACCGCCUUAGUCGCGCCCUUCACCUGGGUGGCCGUGGCGCUGCUCGGGGGAACCUUUUACCAGUGCGGGGCCAGCGGCAUAGCCCCGCUUGUGCGAUUCAUGUGCAGCGGCCACCGAGAAGACUGCAUCACUCUGCUGCCCAAGAUGCCCUGCCUGCAGAACAGAGAGCCGGACCUGGUGGACCUCCUGCAGGAACUCCGGGCGCACUCUCAGGUGGGAGGCUGGAUACUCAUAGCACUGAUUGUCCUUUGUCUUCUGGUUGGAACAUGUUACUCCCGAUGCAGAUCUCCAUUUAGUCUUAUGCAGCUAGAAUUUUGGAAAAUAUAUUUGAAAGAGGAGCAGAAGAUCCUUACAGAGGAAGCCAAAGUUCGUGCAAAUAUAUUGGCAAGAGAGAAUGUUAACUAUUUUUUUGAGGUUUCAAGUUCUCAAGAGAACCAAAUCCCAAGUCCUGAAGCCUGGCAGCAAAUUUCAUCACUCUAUACUUUCAAUAAGAAUGACCAGCACUACAGUUUGUUGCACAAAUACAGAAAUGCGAGAGAUGGGAAUUAUGACACCAGGUCUGAGAGAACUGAUGAAAUUAUGCAUCCUUUAAAAAGCAUGGUAGAUGAACAAACUUUACAUGACAAUCGUGGUACAUGA